AUGCUCAACCGUCCUCCCGCUUUAGCCGCUUCUGCGGGGGGAGCUAACGCAGCCCAUAGGCGGAAACGGUCCAUCAACAGGAAGGGCACCGGAACGCUCUCUUUACCCCUCCUCUCCCCUUCCGCCGCGUCGUUCGGCGCUCUCCCCGGCGCGGCUUCCCCCGCGGGCGGCGCAGCGGCUCUCGCGCAAGGCUCGCCGAUGGCGGGAGGAGGAUCGGGUAACCCGAUGACCCCCAUGUCGCCCAUGUUUUAUUCGUCGCUGCUGCCGCCUGCGUCGCCGUCCGUGCUGCACCUGGCGCUGCAGAUCGACCUGCCUCGAGAUCACGUGGAUGCCUUGAAGGCAGUGCUCCAGGUCAUCGGCAACUUUGCCAACGCGGGCGAGCUCCACCAGACGGCAGUGUGGGACCGCUGCUUCCCCGGCACUUUCUCGCGCCUCGCCACAGUGCGCUCCCCCGCGGUGCAGCGCCCGCUCUGCAUGGUGCUCUUCACGUGCUGCCGCGCCGUGCCCAAGCACGUCGACGGGUUGGGGGGAUCGAUGGACGGGGUCGCGCUGCUCGCGGGCGCGCUCAGGGCGCAAGGGGAGGCGCUCGUUGCGCGUGCGGAGGGGCGGGAUGGCGGCUGCGGUGGGGCUGUUUUCUCAGCUCUCCCGGACGCUGCCUCCAACGGAAUGGACGAGUGGUUGGGUCUGUUAAUUGAGAGGCUCUGCCUGCGCGCGCGGUACUUCGAGCCAGUCUUCAAGAACCUUCCCAACUUCUCGCCGCGCCCUGCCCUCGGGCAGGUCCGAGGGCUUUUCUGCCCGGAACAAGCUGCCUUGCUGUGGGUCCUAUGGGGCGCUCUUCACGCCACUGCAAAAGCGAGGGGGAUCCCAGUCAUCGACCUGCCUUCUGCUUCUAACGAGGAUGAUGGGAACUCCAAGGGCGAUAAUGCAUCAGAGGAGCCUGCGGCGCCUGGGUCAAGGUGGCAGGUGCAUGGGCUGCCUGAUAUAGGACCGGGGACUCUCAAGUUCCUUCUGACGGCAUGCAGAAACGCAGCAGUGGGUCUGGGCAAGGCCCGGGAGGAGGCUGGCAGCAAGGCGCUCACGUCCUCCUCCACGUCCUUCACGUGUCUGCAGCUUGUGCUCUGCUUCUCCCUCCGCUGCCUCCGCGUUCUUGCUGCCCAAGAGCCCUCCACCACCUCCCAUCCAGUAGCCUCAGACGCCACCCCUGCAGAAACCUCAGCAGCAGCAGGAGGAGGACAAGCUGCAGACUCUAAAUCAACGGCCGAGGAUGCUUUUGUUGCGAUCGGAGGGUCGGAGAUCAUCCUGAUGCUGCUGGAUCUCCUCCAGGGUGUGAGUCUGCCUGGAGGUUUAAGUGGGCAGAAGCCUGGUAGGGGUAGUGGUGGUAUUAAGGAAUGGGUGGGUUAUGCUGCGAGGUGUCUGGUGGAAGGGAAUGAGAGCAACAGGAGGGAGCUUGCAGCAGCAGUGCAGGCAGGUUCAGUUUCUCGAGAGAUGCUGGAAGCUGCUGGUGUGAAUAGGCCUUCUGGCCAGGGCACUAGAGGCCGCUCACAGGGAUAUACAGCUCGUGCCAGAGCGAGGAAGGAGAAGGGCGAGAGUGGUGGAGCGGUGCAAGCUGAUGGUGAAGCUGGGGAAGCUGCUGCUGUCCCCGUCUUGGAAGGCCUCAGUACCCGUAUAGCAGACACCGAGUUGGACAUCGAGUACAAGCUAAUCUGUGUUCCAAACCCUGACAACUCUGGAAUUAUCCUCACUAAGGUGAAGCACAACUCGGCAUGUCCCUCGAUUGUGCCUGUGUGUUCCUUUCCCUCCUCCCUGCAUUACAUCCCUUUCUCUCCUCACAUCCCAAUUUCUGCUCACAUCCCUCCUCUUCACAUCUCUCCUCUUCACAUCCCUCCUUUUCACAUCCCUCCUCUUUACAUCCCUCCUCUUCACAUCCGUCCUCUCACAUACCUCCUCCUUACAUCCCUCCUCCCUUUCCUCUCUCCUAUUCCUUUCUCCACCCCCCUCCUAUCAACCAGGACGCCACUCGAUCUGCCUGUGAGAGCAUAG